AUGACUUUGGCAGAGUUGCUGGGACGGUCAAGAAUUGCUCAAGUAGCAAACAAUCAUAAACCGUUGACAUAUACUGGUAAAAAGUUCCAUCCAACACACCAAAUCAUUGAGACUAAGCCAUCAACACUUUAUCGACAAGAAUGGGGGUUGAAAUCCGCUAUUCCGUCAAAAAUAAAGUCUAGGUACUUGGUAUAUAACGAUUUGGACACUUUAGAACGAAUUACCACAUUCGAACCCAGAGGCGGUACCCAAUGGAACAGAUUAAGAUUCCAGGAAAUGGGAGUACCCAUCGUGUCCAAUAUAGGCAGACAAAACCCAUUUUUCAAGGACCCCUCACGUUCUGAAGAUGAUUCAGAUGCUAAGUUGUCUCUAUUCAAAGAAAUGACAGGCGAGGCAGAUAUCUCGCCCGCAGCCAUGGAAAAGCGUUUAGAGAAGACAAUCAGACUGAUCAAAUCGUUUCAAAAGGAAUUCAAGGAAUGGUUGGUCGAGAACCAUCCAGAAGAACUGAGAUUAAAUUCCAAUAAGCUGGAAGAUUAUGUAGUGAAAUUUUUAAACCGAAAAUUGAAAGCAAAGACGAGCAACAAAUUUAACUCCGAGAUUAUAGGUACAGGCGGUUUGUCAUACAGUUUAUCAGGAAAAUUGAAAAACUCGCCAAAUGGCGUCAUUCAAAGAACUGUAGUACCUGGCAGAGUCUUGAAUGUUGUUAAGGAAAACAACGACAAUAAAUGGCUUGCGGCCAUUGGUGGGUUCGUUGCUGAUGUAGUCUUUUUCCAAUCUCCACCCAAUUCCUUCAAUUCAAUGGGCGACUUCAUAAGAAUGAAGACUUUCUUGUUCGAGAUUUUGGAGGCUUCUAUGGAGAAAAAUGGUUCUGUUUCUAUGCAUGCUAGACUACUAGAGCCACAGAAUGACAAGACUAGAGAAUUUUUCAAUAAGAGACCAAUCUACAAACCCCUAACCCCUAGAAGGUCUCGUCGACCAUCAGUGGGCAACAUUCAAGAGGCCAAUAAUCUUUUGAAUAUAAUUAAGGGAAAUUGA